AUGGACACGAUCACGCUCAUCGCAGGCUUUCUACGUCAGCAUGGAGAAAACGAGCUGGCUGAGAAUGUGGAGAACUGCGAGUCUCUGCGCCGAGAAACUCGAAUCACAACGGACCUGGAGUUUCUCCUGAACAUUUCUCGUGGGUGUGUGACUGUGGAGACCCUGGCCAAUCGGUCGGCGAUGAUCAAAGAGCACAACAUGGCUUCAACCAUCGAUAAGUUUGUUAUCCACCCCGUUUUCUUUGGUCGGAGAAGGGCCCUGGAGAACGAAUUCCUCCUGGAGAUGUUCCGGGACAUAGACACUAAAGUAGAUUACCUGGGCCUUGUGCCCGUGACCUCUAAGCGCUACCGCAUGUCCGUCUGCCAUAAGCAGCCCUAUCAACACCUUUAUCUCAAGCGUAUAUUCCCCGCCGACCAGAAGCUCAAAGGCCUUGCGCCCGAUUCUCCACCGGCCAUGGGCUAUGCGCGUCUGUCGAAUCCAUAUAUGGACUACUACAAGGGCGAGACGGGCUUUGCCAGGCAGAUAAUCCUUGGGCACAAGAUUGAGAAAAUACAGAGUCGUGACUUUGAGCCCCACAAUAUCCCGGAGAAGAAGGGGCUCGGGCUAGCCACACGUGGAACCAUUGCAGCAGCAGAGGCCGCCGAUCCGUAUCCCAAGGUGCCAGUUCCGACAAUGUCCGCCAGCGAGAAGCAGGUUUUGUCGCGAAAGAUAACCCCCCGUGCUCUCAAGGAGUUCAUUGAGCUAAAGCGCCGCAUCAUUCGUCUGCUUACUCAGCGCGUUGCACCCGAAGCAGACGUAACGGUGAAGCUUCUAGAUGUCUUGGGGUCCUUUAAGGGGCUUGUGGAGUCUGUUCCAACGGACGACGGAGUGCCCCUUUGGACAUUUGAUUGGGGAAGCGCCGUUUAUUUCUCUGAACACAACAUAGGCAGCGCUGCGUCAGAUCUAAACGCGAGGUAUAUCAGGCCUCAGUCAAAGGCCAUUUCGAAGCGUGCUGGUUCGCGCAUAAUCACAAUGCGCGCGCAACCCUCUGCUGAGAGCCCAGACCCCGGACCGGAACAACAGUAUGUGGUGGAGCGGUCCUCUCACUAUCCAAAUGUCUUCUUCAUGCGCAAGUCGCGUGCAUAUAGUCAGGCUUUCCAAGCAUUGGUUCCCUCUGCUGCGCCGGUCACUCUUCUUCAGUCUGCCCUCAAUGCCAGCAAGCGUAUCGGGCCUCUAGAAGAAGAUACUAGCGAUACUACAACACUUAAUAGCCUUGCGGCAAUCCCAACUGCAGCUAGUAGUCUGCAAACAACGAUGGGGCAACAGCUCUCAUCAACCCUUCAAGAGAGCCAGGGGAUAUUCGGUCUCAGCUCAACCAACCCCCUCCAAGUGCCAUCUCAAGUGCAACCUAAGAUGGGUGUUCUAGCCUCCAAAAUCAGGAACCAGCAUUCUCUUUCCGCCGAAGAAUCACGAAUGCAGGCCAGUACGAAAGAGAAUAAGGAUUCCAUGAAGUUCAGAGUUGUUCAAAAUGCCACCCCAUCCACGACCAAAGUAGAAAGCGUCAACUAUCGGGAUCUGAUCAUGGAGCAUCUGUCAUCGCCCCAGGCAACCAUAGAAGCCAAGCUUCAGAGUGCACUAACAGCAGACGAGCGGCAAAAGUUCGACUCCACCGUCCGUAGCUUUGCCGAGAAGCUCAGGGCUAAGGAACUCUCAUACAGCAGUAUUCUAUCUAACCUGUUUGAUGGACUAUCAGCGCCCUCAGGCAGCCAGGUGCAGGGAUCUGGGCGGCCUGGUUCUAAUUAUGGCCAAUCGACGUCAUCUCUUCCGACAGGAAUUGAGCAGUUUUCAUCACGUGGAGAUUCCGACACGAGGACGGACCCAUCCGAUCACGACUUCGACUCGGACAUGGCUCUUUCUGGCAAUGAGGAGUAUGAGGAUAUAAACCUGGGAGAUGAGGACCAAGCGCAGUUUGCCGCAUCAGCUGGACAGGUUUCGAUAGGAAACAGUGUCUCCAUGGACUCCAUGAUUAGGACUACGAAUGAGUUCAUUAAGGCAACAAGUGCAUCUGGACUGAGCGAGCAGAUUGAAAGUAGUGCCCAGUCUCUUCAAUCCACUGGGUCACUCCACCGCAGUGAUGUCCAUAGUAGCAGUGUGGGUGCUCUAGGGCAUGUCGGUGCCCAUCAUAUCCGACCGCAGAGUAGUAAAGCUGUUAGCUCUAUUAGCAGCGCAAUGAACAUGGCGACGAGCCUCUACAGUCAGACGCAGCUGUCGACCGGAGCACCCACACAGACGGCUUCUAAAAAUGGAUCCUCUGAUGCCCCUGCGGUUGUCUACACCCCUGUUCCGCCGAUGGCAGAUGACAUCACAAAGAGUUGCCUCCGCCUCGAGAUUUCUGUCACAUCCAUGGAUGUUGCAGAGGCUGGUGGCACGGCGAUGUCAGGCAAGGAUGAGAAGGUCUUUCAGUCGUCUGUCCCGCUUCUCCCUGUGACAGCGUACUGUGAUAUCAACGCGGUAAUAGACACAGCAGUCAGCGGAUUGGAUGCUUCUGAUGCAAAGAACUCUGCUAAAGACAAGUACAAGACAAUUCUCCAGGUAAUCCGAGGCCAAUUGGACCAGACGUCGCUAAUGAACACAACUGCCUGCUCCAAGCUACCAAUCUACUAUAACCCGCUGCACACCGGUGCCAUUGAGGUUACGACUCCCGAUGACGCUGAUGUUCCGUUCAUAGAGGGAGAGACAAUCCUAAACAGAUACAAGCUUCUAAAGAUGGUUGGCUCGGCAACGUUCAGUAACGUCUUUAGUUGUCUGGACCUUAAAGAUAAUGUCACAUACUGUUUGAAGAUCAUUAAACAAGAGAAGGAGUUCUUUGAUCAGGCUAUAGAUGAGGUCCAUCUGCUUGAGCUCCUCAAAGACAUAGACCCCAACAAUAACAUCAACAUCAUAAAAAUCCAUGACUAUUUCUAUUUCCGCGAGCAUCUCCUUCUCAAGUUCACACUCUUGGGAGAGGACCUGUACACUCACUUUAACAGGCGAGAAAAGAAGGGGCAGCCCAACGACUACACAAUCCCCGUUAUUCGGGAUAUGGCGCGUCAAGUGCUGAAGGCUCUGGAUUAUAUUCAUAGGCUUGGAAUCACUCAUUUAGAUCUCAAACCGGAGAACUUGCUCCAUGGCGACAAGAACUUUAUCGGAGGGGUCAAUGAGCCGUCUGUCACCCUGGUUGACUUUGGAAGCUCCUCAUUUAUCUUCGACAAGAUGCACAGCUACAUCCAAAGCCGCAGCUACCGUGCGCCAGAAGUUAUUCUAGCAACGCCCUACGACUCUCGGGCGGACAUCUGGUCGUUUGGGUGCGUGGUUUGCGAGCUACUCACGGGCCGUGUACUCUUCCCCAACUAUUCGGUGGCGACAAUCCUGAGCCGCAUCUGCUCCUUGAUAGGCCCAAUACCCCGGGACAUGAUCAUGAGUGGGCGCAUGGGUCAGCGUGUUCUCACGUUUGGGCUGGUGCCAUAUGAGCAUGACGAGAAGAACAGGCAGCACUUCUACUUCACACCACAGCAGGGUCUUUUGGAGUAUUGGCUCUUUGGAGAAAGGUGCGCAAAUCUCACGGAUGAAGAGGUGCUCUUUUCUGACUUCUGCCGGCAGGCACUUAUUGUUGACCCAAUCAAGCGACCAACGGCAGCCAUGCUCCUUGAGCAUCCGUUCAUAAAGGGAGCUGAUCUUCUAUUGUAA